GUCAGUUGAAACUAGAGACUAUGUUCGCCCGUGGACGUCCAAGUCUCCAAGAAUCGAAUUGCUUGUAGUUUAAAUAUUUGUAAAUAUUUCUAAUUAGUCUGCAGAUUACGACUUGUUGCUAUACAUAUUGUUGAGUGAUCGACCAAGCAACGCAAGACCCAGACCUGAGCGAACGCGCCCCUGUUGUUGGCUUGUGAGUGCGUAGUCAUAGUCGUCGUCACUUUCGAGGGGAAAGUUGCUCUUUUUUUCCAAGUUGUGCAAUCUCUGCUUGACAAUGUGCAACUCAGGAUACCAUCCACCCGCAUAGACUUUACUUGGAUAUUAGCGAAUGAGUUCAGUCGUAAAACAUUUCUGUUGCAACAUACCAACCUCUUGGCUUCAAGAAACAUUGCUAAUCUGUUUGACAUUUUUGUGCAUGAUCCUGCUCUGGAGAUGCAUGCAGUCGACUUUGUCCGAAAGCAAAACCAUUUCCGUGGACCAGCUCACUGUCAAUCGAAUUUAGAAACUUAAGGAGGACAAUGCGAUAGUGAAACUUGCACCUGCAGUACAAGCCAGCAGAAGGGAUAAGCCAUGAAAGAAGCUGUACAACAUCCAGGAGAGGUGUAUUACAAUGUGGGAAGCACUGCAUUAGAGCAGGCACAUGAUGACAAUGGAUCCAGAGUCCCUUCCAACGCAGAGGCCCAGGGCACUGCCGUUUUCAACCCAGAGAAAGGGCACCCGGUCCGGGGACAUUUCUCUCAGAGUGCACCUUUGAAAUGGAUGCACCAAGACGCUGUGCAGGCCCCAGGCUGGCCUCAGGGUGUUCCCAACAUGCCCGGCUGGAGCCAGAACUUUAGCCCGUACCGGGCAGGCAUGGGCGAGGCCAGGGGACAGAUGGUGUACUCCAAGCCGAACCACGACGCCGACGGGCUGCCUCUGGAGAAGCCACCACCCCAGGGCUCCAGCGAGGCCUACAAGGAGGCCCAAGCCCAGGUGAGAGGCCUGGAGUGGGACCAGCGCGCGGCCGCCGCUGCUGCUAUGCGGCAGGCCCAGCAGCUCCAGGUCUUCCAGCAGGGCCACAAGGGCGGUGAGAUGCCGUGCCCACCGCACACCAUCCGCCCCGGGUCCAUGCAGGGCUCCAUGCUUCAGCCCUUUCAGCUGGCAUUCGGCGCCACCAAGCAGCCCGUGCCCCCGGCGUACUACCCGGUCUUCCCGGCGAACAACACCAUGGGAGGCAUGCCGUACACUGGCGAGCAGCCCAAAUCGCAGCACCAGCUGAUGCAGCUGCAGCAGCAGAUGCAACAGCAGCAGCAGCAGCAACGUCAGCUCCAGCAGCAGCAACAUCACCAAAUGCAGCAACACCAGCAGCAGCAGCAGCAGCAGCAACACCAGCAUCAGCAGGCAAGACAUCAGCAGCAGCAACAGCAACAGCAUCAAAUGCAGCAGCACCAUAUGCAGCAGCAGCAGCUGCAACAAAUUUAUCAACAUCAACAGCUGCAGCAAAUGCAUCACUUGCAACAACAGCAGCAGCAGCAGCAACAACAACAACAGCAACCAAUUCAUUUACAGCCACAGCCUCAGCCAAACCUGCCCCAACAGGAGACCAUACCCACCCAGCCACAUACUCAGUCGAAGCCCCAGCAGCUCAACCCUCACCCUCCGCCCUACCAGUCCGACAGCCAGCCCUCCAGUGCCAGUCCACCGCCCCCCUCCCAGCAGCCCCAGCCCCAACCCCAACCCCAGCCCCAAAGCCUGGCAGCCCCACAGCCCAAACCUCAGGAGUCGCCAGUCUCCCCAUCCGCCCUCACGGAGCCGGCUAAGCCCGCUCCGGAGACCCAGGAGCCGCCAGCGCUCCCCCGACGCUCCAGGCGGCUGUCCAAAGACGGGCUCUCGCCCACGGGAGCGGUGCCGUCGUCCGUCCCGUGGAACCAGGCCGGCGGCAAGGACGCCUCAGGAGCCAACAACAGAGGGGAGGGCAUUCAGGGAAUGACAGGAGGGGUGAUCCAAAGCACCAGAAGACGUAGGGCCUCCAAGGAGAUCAACUUGGAGACGCUGGCCCAGAAGGCGUCAGAGAUGGAGUCACUUCCUGCUAAAGUCAUCAAGAUGGAUGACAGUGCUCCAGGCAAGCAGGGUGUGGGAGGGGGCAUGGUGCCUCUGGUCAUCCCAGUCUCGGUGCCCGUGCAGCGAGAUGCGGCCCACGGGCAGCUGGGCUCCGGGUGGCCCCACGGUCGGGCAGGGGCACAGGAGACAACAGGGCACCAUUACCCCACCAAACACACGCCCUCUGUCAUUGUGGCGCGCCGACGGUCACUGAAGAACACCGCGUCAGACAGCCUGGGACAGGACAAUGCAAAGGACGAUGACGGGCCCAAGUCCAAGCGGCGGCCGCGGCCCGAGCCGCUCUUCAUCCCGCCGCCCAAAGUGAGCAACUUCAUCGCGCCGUCCGUGUACUCGAGCAUUUCGUCCUACCAGAGCCACCUGCGCUCGCCCGUGCGCUUGCCCGGCGACAACCCGCUGGCGCUGCCGCCCUACACGCCGCCGCCCAUCCUGUCACCGGUGCGCGAGGGCUCCGGACUCUAUUUCUCCACCUUCCUCUCAUCCAUGGCGGCCGCCGGCUCACAGGGGUUACCCCCCCCGCCCACACCCAAGUCUGCCACACGCAGUCUCCUGCGCUCCAGCAGUUCAGACAUCACCCCCCCAGUGCUCCCCCCAAUCGGAGAAGCCACACCUGUCAGCCUAGAGCCGCGCAUCAACAUUGGGCCUCACUAUCAGGCGGAGAUUCCAGAGAUGCUGGACCGCUCCAGGGCCCAGCAGGACCAACACAAGGCCAAUCUGGUUUGGGUCCCGCUCCAGGAGUCCCCAUCCAGCCGGGACCAGGAAGAACGAGUGGACGACCUGAUGAGCCUGGCCUGCUCCAGCGUGCUGAUGGGAGGAGGGACCAAUCAGGAGCUGGCGCUGCACUGCCUGCACGAGUGCAAGGGUGACAUCAUGGAAACACUUGCUAUGUUGUUGCUGAAGAACCCCAUUUAUUCAGAAAGCCAUCCUUUAGCAGACUACCACUACUCAGGCUCUGGUAACUGGAGUCAGGAGGAGAAGCGCUACUUCAACAAGGGCAUUUCUGCCUACCGGAAGGACUUCUUCAUGGUGCAGCAAGUGGUGCAAACGAAAACGGUGUCUCAGUGUGUGGAGUUCUACUACACCUACAAGAAGCAGGUAAAGAUCGGCAGAAACGGGACGCUUACUUACGGGCCGCCAGACCCCGAGGAACACAGCACUGAGAGCAUCUCCAGAUAUCAUCAUGGCACUGAAGAGACUCAGGACAACAAAACCUGGCAGGAGGCCCAUGAGCGGACCGAUGAGUCUGACCAGUCUAGGGUGAUUCACAACCUCCAUAACUAUGACAAAUCAUCAGCGGAGUCUGUGAUCAAGUCAGAGAGAGAUGACAGGCGGAGAGAGGAGGGGCCUGCAGGAGCACCGCCCACGCAGGCUCCUCCCAGCAGCGCACCGCGGAAGCCUCGCUCAGAACCGGCCGGCAAGAAGAGCAAACCGCCGCCCAAGGCUCCACAGGAACCGGAGGGAGAGUUCCCCUGCAAGAAGUGUGGCAGGAUCUUCUUCAAGGUGAAGAGCCGCAGCGCCCACAUGAAGAGCCACGCCGAACAGGAGAAGAAGGCCGCCGCCCUGCGCCUGCGUGAGGAAGAGGAGCGCGCCGCCGCCGCAUUGGCACAGCAACGGGCCGAGGAGGCAGCAGCAGCCGCAGUAGCGGCAGCGGCAGCGGCACAGAAUGGAGGUGGGGAGGAAGACGAGGACGACGUGGAGGAGAAAGAGGAGCGGAGAGGCAGGGGGAGGGAGCGAGUGGUCCAUAGCAGCGGGGAGUCGUCGGAGACGGCGGAGGAUGAGGAUGAUGAAGACUGGCAGUGAGGAAGGGAGGCCAGAGCCAGAACACCCCCCACCCCCACCCCCCCCCGCCAACUCUGCCUGCUUUUCAAAACUGCAUGUGAGCACUGACUUGAACUCCUGGAGGGAGUUGGUGAACCUCACUAACCUACAAAGCCUAACACAACAAAGGCGCUUCAUCAAGGCCUUGUAGGACUUGGCGACGCAACGGUCAUCCCUGUCCAGCCUUGAAGCCCCAUUGCAGACUCUUUGCCUUACAGUCGAUAGCCUUUACAUCACUGAACACAAAUUGAUAAAGGAAAGAAAAAUCAAUGACUUGUACUGCAGGACUAGCCACCAAAACUGGGUGCCUUGUCUAUUUGAUGUUUUUUUUAUUAUUAUUAUUAUUUUACUAGACAAUCUUUAUUUGGAAUCCUUUUUGUUUGUUUUGUUUGUCUGCACUCCAUAGGAUUCAAACAAACGGGUUUAACUGAUUCUCCGCAAUUCACGUUUCAUUUUUUUCGCCAUAUUUAGCAUGUCGGUUUACAACAUGUCCAGUUACUUUACACAUCGAAACAGUACACAGUACUUUGGCAGCCGUUGGAGAUCUGGCCUUUCAGUCUUCCAGUUGUUUUACAUUGUGUGGUUGUUGUUGUUUGUUUGUUUGUUUGUUUGUUUGUUUUUUUAUUUCUCUUCGUUUGAUGAGGUAAGGGCCUCUGCAUGCUUUCUUUGUCCAAAAGAGACUGCCAAAGUUGUUUUGAUAUCUAGGGCACCUGAGUUUGUGCAUCGAACUAUUCACUGGUAUUGACGGAUGAAAUGACGAGAUGUAUUUGAGCUCGUCACAAAGGUAAGGCAGAAUGUGCUGGUACUGAAAGUGUUCAUGUGAGGGUGGGUGAGUGAGUGAGUGUGUGAGUAAGUGAAUGUGUGUGGGUGGGUGUGUGUGCACGUGGGCGAGUGUGCUUGUGUCCUCAGGAACGUACAGUAAGGAUGUUGGAUAUCGUCAAAGUAACUGUUGAGUGUUUGUUUUGUAUUCCUUUGGUUAAAACUUCGAACUAUAAAAAAGGAACACCAACUCUCUGUGCACAUUGUUAGAUUUAUACUUAACGAUUUUUAAACUCUAAAAAAUAUAUACUUAUUCUAUAUGAUUAAGGGACCUUGAAAUGAAUGUUUUUGACUAUAAAAUGUAUAUAUGGUGUAAAUUGAUAUAUUUUAACAUCCUCUAUAUUGUCUGAGAGGGUGUGAUAUCAAAUUGAUUGUGAUUGUUUUCCCCCCUUUUUUUAAAAAAAAAGAAAACAAAUGCUAUUAAUCGCUUGUAUAAUCAAGAAAGAACUGCUAUUUGGAUAGUGUUAUGCAUUUUGAUUAAAAGCCAUUAUCUACA